AUGGCUGCCAAUGUGGAGAGUCGGGGAAUGUCAGAUGGCAGAUAGACAUUUAACGGUGGUGAUGUUCGUAGUGAACGUAUCGAAAUAAAGUAUUUCGUUGAAACUUGUCAUUUUAAUAUUGUGCCUCGCUUACACGACAUUCUGAAGACGCCCGGGGACUGCGUUUUUUGUUUAUAGCGGAAGGAGUAUAUCACUUUGUUUACAAAAUACUUUUAUUUUCCAAGAUGCACAAACGUGGAUGGGAGUUGGUGUAAGAUUGGUCAACUUUCUUCGUGAAGAAAGUUGCUGUCUCCUUCUAGCCGUGUGUGCCGCGUGAGUUAUCAGUUGCAGUAAAUAGUGUAGUUCGGUCAGCCGUCGUGAAAUAGCUAGUCAGUGCGGAAGUGGGGCAGGCGGCGGUGGUUCGUCUGUGCAACUUGAAGAUGCGAUGUGAGUACUCGCAAGGAGACGCAAAUGACUUCUUUGCGAGUAUCAGUCGCCAGUACCUACUAGUGAUCGCCUGCAAGAUAAGUCUCCAGUGAAACGUGAUGACAUUUGCCAAGUAGGCAUGCGCCUAAAACUCGAGCUGUGUAAAAUUGUUUGGAACUCCGAUAAUGAAUGUGACUUAUUUGGGAUUGGUUUCAGGUGAGUCCCGGGGGUGCGCUGGAGCCAGGCGAUGCCUUUGCCAUAACCGCUGAGUCCCGAUGGCAGCCCUGCUCCUGUGGCUGCUGUGGGCUGCCGGUGUCGCCGCCGGGGUCCCCUCGACAGUGCCGCCCCCCGCGGGCAGCAUCUCGGUACCGGGCCCGGUUCCCCGGCCGGCCCUUACCACCCCUCACCCUGCCCCGCCACGCAGCUACCCCCUCCGAGCGUCCACCAUUCCUCCGUUCGCUGCCCCGCGCACCAUGUUCCCCGCCUCGUUCACGACCCCGCCCGGCCGCAAGGCGCCCUCGUACGUGCCGCCCCUGCGCGCCUCCUUCACCCCGCCCCUGCCCCCCGGCUACGGCAAUCCCUUCGCAGACAAGCCCACGCUGCGGGGGAGCAACUCGGACGGGGGGUCCCUGGGGCCCGGCCGGCACCAGAUACCCCCUCCACCGCGGCCGCCGCCUCUCCGGGAGCGCAUCCCCCUGCGGCCCCAGCUGCCCCUGGGGGCCGACCGCGACAAGGACAGCUCCACGCCGGAGCGCAAGAAGCCACUCAACACCCCGAGCUUCAACCGCUCGCCGGAGGCCCCCUUCUCUGAGCCAGAGACUCUGGGCACCAGCGUCCACGCGGCCAACGACACGGAGCUGGAGCUUCUGCACUCGCUGAGCGUGUCGCGCAUCCUGGCCGGCAGCAACGGCCGCAAGCAGGAGCUGCCGGAGAUCUUCCGCCACCCGGACCUGUUCCCCAAGGUGCAGCCGGACGUCUCCGUGGCGUCUACGGCCAGGGGGACCCCGCCACCCGAGCCCAGGCCGGAGCCAGAGACGCCCAGGGCCGAGCAGAAGCCGGAGCAGACGGAGAAACUGCCCGAGGAGGAAAAGGUACUCCCGGAGAGCGUGGCCCCCGCGGAGGCCGGCCCGGCCGUGACCGGCAGGAACGAGGAGAGGGUGGAACGCCUGCCCGACCCCCAGCCGCAGCCCCCGGAGCCUGUCGAGCCGGCCAUCGGAGUGUCCGACGCCCCGACCAGCCCUUCUCGAGAUGGCCUCGAGAACAAGUGGCAAAUAGCCUGGGACAUCCACGUGUACCUCACGGCGAGCCUCUUCACCCUCCUGUCGCUCUACUCCGUCGUUAACAUCGUGCGAGUGAACUUGUCCAAGAGAUUGUUGUCCUGCGGCUACUACAUGGCGCUCCACGGACUGGUGCUUACGAUAGGCGUCGUGAGGAGCGUGUAUCUUUUCUACGAUGCCUAUAACCUCAACCGCUCAUUCCCCGCGCCUAUAUCGCACCUCAUGCUGAACGUAGUCUCUCCGCUAAUCACCUCGACGUUCAUCAUCCUGUUCCUGUUCCUGCUGCAGGCGGUGAAGGUCAGCAACGUGCUGAGCCUGCAGGUGCACCGGCCAGCCCUGGCGGUGUGCUUUGUCGUGCUGCACGUGUGCCUGUGCAUCGGUCUGGACCUGGCCGCGGGCCUUUUCCCCACCGCCACGUUCCUGCCCCUCAUCUGCCAGUCCCUCUUCAUCGUGGUGUGCACGUGCCUGGGUGCGGCCUACCUCUACGCGUACCAGCACCUGGCCCGCGCGGCCACUCGCAAGCUGGACAACAUCUUCGGCAGUGGCUUCGCGAACGUGCGGCGCCCGGCGCUCGCCACGGCGGUGCGUGCCACGCUCGCGACCGCGCUCCUCGCCUUGCUGAUGGCUGCGGUACAGCUGUACGGUAUCUUCGGCAUCUACGAGGCGCCCGGCCCGCGGGACCGGCCGGUGCCCUGGCUGUGGUGGGGGUACCAGUUCUCCGUGCGCGUCAUCGAGAUAGCCAUGUGCGGUCUGUUGUCGUGGGCGGGCACCCAGCCCCUGCAGCGAGCCGGCUCCGAAGAGGAGAAGGAGUCCCAGAACUCUGGGUUCGCCCUGUUCCGGUGUGGCCGGUGCUCCAACACCCCGCGCAGCAGCGAGGGGGCGGACGACAUCUACCCUGCGGUGUGUGUCACCAAUCAGGCCAUCCACGACUACACCAUCCGCACCGGCAAGAAGGUGUACGACGACUCCUUCCCCCUGAACAACCUGCACUCGGGGUACCCCCCGGGCGAGUCCAACCUGGGCCUCUCCACCUCGGAGCGCCGGUCUCUCAGGAAGUCCCCGUACCUGCCGAGCGGGGCCGGCACCUUCGAGAGACACUCCCUGAAGAAGGGCGGUCCGUACGAGAUGGACGACCUGCCGUUCCCGACGAGCCGGGCGAGGCCCGAGCUGGACGCAGUGUACCCCCUGAGCAGCACGGCCGAGCGCCGCUCGCUCAAGCGGUCGGGAGCGCUGGAGGCCGCGUACGGCAGCGCGGAGGCCCGGCGCUCGCUGCAGAAGGCCGGCACGCUGGCCUCGCUGAGUGCAGACCGGCGGGCACCGGUCUCCGGCCAGCACAGAGGCGGCACGCAGACGCUGUCGUGCGCGCGUGAUCGCACCUCCCCCUCCAUGCUGGUGGCCGAGAACGGCUUCGUGCGUUUCCGUGCGCUCGCGGAACCGGAGGACGCGGGGGUGCCGGACGCACCGGGCAGGUGAAAACUACAGCCGCGUCCCUUACACUACCUGAGCACGCCUUGCGUCUCCUCGAACACUGCAAGCUGACUCAUGAGUCGCAGAUAGUGCUGGUUGUUGUGUACAGUUCGUUACAAAUAUUAUGGUGUUCGUUAACUUUUUUUUAUGUAGCUGAAUGCUGGAUGACCGAAGUGUGUGCUCCUGUUGGAGUGCAGACUGUACUUAAAACUGAGUGGAGAACGUGGCGUCUGCUCCUCGACUGACCGUCCAAGUCUGAUUCAAGUUUCUGUCCUUCGUCUUUGUGCUCGUACUUAACCGUAGUUAUAGUGUAUGCGAAUCUCAAUCCUUGCUACCUAGAAGCGUGUACAUAUAUUGUCUCUUGCAACUUUUCGAGAUAAUGUACAGUGUCCAUCAGUAAUGCAAACCACUGCAGCCUGCUCUCAUUUUGCAAGUACACAUAUGUGGUAGCUUGAGUGUUAUGACCAGUUUAUAGGAUGUUUGGAAAAUGUGAGACAAGAAUUUAUUUUGUGGCAAGGGAUGCCAAACGAAGCCAUUUUUGCUAAGGAUCAAUGUCCAGAAAGGAAACCCUGAAAAAUUACAGGGGUGAACAGCAGUGCUGAAAUUUGAAAUUCGCAGGCACAAGGGCACUGAAAGGACGCCCAAUCACAGGGCAGCGAUGUUAAAACGCUCGGCGGGAAGUGGGGAAUGAGAUGGACGCACGCCAGCAACCAGCAGUCUGGUGUACACUAUGUGAAGUCUGCAGUGCUGUUGCCGUUUGUUAAAUAUAGUUGCCAGUCGAAACCUUGGCUAAGUGUUCAAAAACAAACUGUAAACGUGCCACAACUAAGCACCACUGUGUUUAACACCAGACUGCUGGUUACUCGUGUGUUUGACUAACAAACUGCAUUCCUCUCAGCCAAUAGAGUAGUGCCCUUGGGCUUGUGAUAUUCUAAUCUGUGCACUACUGUUCACCCCUGUAAUUAUGCAGGGUUUUGUUUCUGGACACAUGAUAAAAUACCCUUUAAAUUUAUGCUCCAUGAUUUCCGAACAGCUCGUUACAUUAUGUAGGAAAUUUUUUUCAUGCCAAAAAGGGUAAAGGGUUACAUUGUGUAUAUUAGAUUUUUCAAAAAAAUAUAUUUAGGUGUUAUUGCUGUCUCUGUUAUUUUAUGGGUUAUACAAUUUGUUUAUUCUAUGUAUGUAGUAGGUUUUUGGAAAAGCAACAACUAAUUGUACUUAACGUUUUUUAUACUUAACUGCUUUACAGUUUUUGGAUCGUAUAGUUCGAAUUUAUUUAUGCAUCUUGCAUUUGAUUCCAAAAUAACUCACUACUAUAUUAUUCAUUUUUUUUUUAUGGCAGGAGUUGUGAUGCAGCAACACAGAGUGUGACAUUUAACUUAACGUGUACAGUGCAUGGGUGUUAAAAACCUUUCUAUCACACCAUCUGGAAACAGUUGUCUUGUUUUUGCGCUACACUAAAAUAAUCACAUUGCUGCUGAAUAAUUAAGAGGUCAAGAAAUGAAUAAAAUCGACGUAGUAUUUGGCUGUAGCGAACACAAGGAUCAUUGGCAAACCGUCGUGCGACGGAGGAGUUGGAGUGUUUUGUGUCGCUGGUUCGGAUCAUGCAUUCACUUCAAAUCCGUACAUUUUGGUUUGAUAUUCAAGUAGCUGAUUUAUGCCGAACUUGAUGUUAUUUCCUCAGCACAAAAUAAGACAUUUUAGUUUUUUGUUUGUAUUUAUUGUGUUAUAUGACAAGAAUGACUUAAUUUAAAUUGUUGGUAAAUUUGUGAUAAAAAGUACUUGACCUUACUUACUCUGUUUUAUGUUAUCAAUCAUACUUUUUAUAAUUUUUUUAUACUUUUGAUACGUAUUUUACAUAAUGAUCUCAGAAGCGACAGUGUAUUACCAGUCAGUACUUAAUUAGUCGUGUUGGCGGCCUGGAUACAGGCCGUAGAACGAGAGCUGGUUGUAUUGGUUUGCAUUAGUUGUUGGGCUUGUUGAGCCUUUGCAUGUUUCCUCAGUAUUAAAACAGUAUUCAGAGUUUUUAUCUAUCUUUUAUGAUGAACAUUCCAUUGAUUUGGUUACAAGGAGAGCAUUCCGUUUGUUAGGGUUUGAGUGCUAAUGGUAAACGAGAAAGUUGCGUUGAUUGGGUUUAUAAUGAAAUUGGUGGCUUAACAAUAUAGUACCUCAUUGGAUGCAAAUUUUAAUGUUCAUUGAAACUCAUUUUGUAUUUCCAGGACUGUAAAUUGGCCUGUAAAAUGUGGGUUUAUGAUUUGAAGCAAAUAGGUUAACACAUUUUUUCUUUAGUCAUGUAAUCUUACCAGCUGUUAUUGUUAAUGUGAAUUGUUUGAGAGCACAUCGUAGCCAGUCAAACCCAUUUCAAGGGCAAAGUGAAAUUUCUCCUAUAUAUUUCCACGUAAAUCAUAAAUUAUGAUCACAUCAGUGUUGAUUUUUUUUUUCUUGAAUGCUUUUAUACAUAUAAGAUUCAUAUGCAAAAUUACCUUUUUUAUGACAAUGUGUGUUAUGUACACACUUGAGAGAGAUUAUAUCUGUUUCAUGAAAUAGUUUUUCUCCAGGUGUUUAUAAAUUACAGCACAAUGAUUCCCUGUGCUCUGGGCUUCAAAAUGCCAUCUGUAAUUGGUUUCUGUCAGAUAGUCCCACAAUAUUGCAUUGCAGAGGACACAUCCGCCAUUUAAUGCAGGCAUGAAUUUUAGUGUACUCCAGUUAAAGUUAGCUUUGAAUGUCACCACCAUUUUUGGUGUAGUUCUACAUAAGCAACUUCAUAGAAACUCAAGUUUGAGGAAUAGUACAGUAAAAAAUUCUAAGCAUGCUAGUUGUCGCUUAGUUUUUGGGGUGAUAAUAUAGUGUGGUUUAAUGAUUAUAGAAAUUGGCUCAGAAUUCAAACUUCUUCUGGUGUAUUACCAGUAGAAAGUUAUUCAUUGUUUUUUGUACGUACUCUAAAAGCUCUAAUUGUGAACAAUACUUUUGAACAGCAGGGUUUUUUUACUGUAAUUUUAUUUGCUGGCCACUACAUUAACCUGUCUUUUGCCUUAAAAAGAAAUGGCUUUCACCACAGUUUUAUUAUUCUUUGUAAAUAGUUUGGGUAAACAUGAAAUAAAUUUUCCUCUCUAGCAAACUUAAGACUGGGGCUUGUACUUUAAACAGGAAGCUAAUUAACAAGCAUAAAUGAUAAUUAUUGCGGUUAGGUUAUGAUCAUAAUCCUAUGUUUCAAGGUGUUGUUUCAUUGUAAUUAAAAAAAAAAAGAAGGAAAAUGCAUAUUGAUGUACAUAGGUGUUUUCCAUCACAAUAUUAAUUUUUCCAAGGUUUGCCUGUCGUUAAUUAGACUAAAACAUUUUGCAGCUAUUCAUUAGCAAUUUUUUUAUUAACUAUAUGCAUAUUUAUAUGGCAAGCUUAAUGCAGUAACUUACAAACCCUUAACAUCGGCAGUAUUUUUUAGGAUAGGUUUUGUAGGAAGAUAAUUCAGGCAAGUUCUAUAAAAAUAAGCAUAGUCCUUUUUUAUUUACCUUUUUUAUUUACUGUCAUAUGGCCAUGUGUCUCCAGUUGCUUGUGGUCUCCACUGCUUUUCAUUUAAAUAUCUUGUGACAUAUUUUACAAAAAAAAAAAUCUCAGGAUGAAGUAGAGUGCAAUAAAACUGUGUGAGGUUACACUCAGCAAUGACACCCCGCUAUUUCAAUUUUGGGGCAGAGUUGGUUUACUGUAUUUGCCCAAAUAAAAUUUAAAAAUACUCUUCCAAAAGGUUUGUUAAUACGCUUAUUAUCGCAAGACCUGUGAUACUCUAGCAGUAUCAUAACAGUUUUAAGCCUUAAACUCAGCAGUCAGUAUUAAAGUGCCUCACCCGUAAGCCAGUUGCAUUAGCACUGUGACCUUGCUGCCAAACAAAAUGCGCUUUCUGAAAUGAAAAAUUACUCAACAAAAUUUCCUCACUUCUAGAUUUCCUAGACAUUUCUCUGCUUUUCCUGAUUUGUGAUAACCGUGGAUUACUUGUUUGCUAAUACGUAACAAUAUGUACAUUUACAAGAUAACUGAAAACUUACUUUACGACUCUGCAUAAAAAUCUUUUAAAUUUACUUCCUCCGGGAAAAAUAGUUUGUAAUUUAGGAUGCCAUCAAUGUCUGUCCAAUGAGGGUACUAUGUUGUUACUGUAACAUGUUUGUUAUGCAUGCCAUGGUUGGCUUAGAUUCUUGUGAAAAGAAGUAAGUGCUCUAUUGUCUGCUACUACUUAACUCCAGUUGUAACUUUUUCUACUUAAAUGUAUUGCAUAGUAAAUAAUAAGAGCAUUAUUAUGUCUGUUUUUGUCAUGGUUUGUACAUAUUGUCAACUCAAUAAGUCUUAUUCUUCCUCGUAAUUUUCAUCUAUCCUAUUUGCGAAUGACUUAAUAAGAAAUUAAUAUUGUUUCAAAAACUCAAACUGUUCUGAAAACUGUUGUGUGAUGAAAUUUAUAUGUCAUUAGUAGAACAGUUCAUUAAACAUUGUAACUUUUAAAUAAUUGUCAAUAUAUUUAAGUUUAAAUCUUAAGAUAUAAAUCCCAAAUGAAAAAUGUACUCGUUGAAUCACUUAAAAAAAAAUUGAUAUAUUUAUUCAGCAGCUAAGCCAUAAUUACUGUAUAGGUAAGAUCAUGGAAUUCAUACGGGUUGAGAAAUAAGUGUAUUUCAGUUUGUAUGCUCUCUUCAAUUUUCUUUUGUAUAAUUUUUUUUAUGCAUUUUUUUACCUCAGCGGAGCAUUCCACCGGGUAACGUCAUGCUUACGCGUUUUUACGGUUUCCUUGCGCAGUCCAAUUGUAUGCAUGUAGUUAUUUUUAUUGCGUCUCAUGUUCAAUCUGCAAACCAUUCCUGAUUUCACCAAAACAUUAGUACCUACGGGAAAUCUUUGAACUAAAUUAUAAAAAUAAUUAAUUUUAAAAUUAUAGAUGUGUGUUCCAAGGUGUGAUUCUUCUCAGAUUUCCCAAAGGAAUGCAUUAAAACAAAAAACUGCCUUUCCAAAAAAGAGUUUCCCUCUCCUGCAGUGACUGUCCUGUGUCAUUGCCAUCAGUGACAGGAUACAGGUGACGUGAGUCGUGUGUCUGAUCAGGGAAGUUUGCACGAGGUUUUACUUUUUUAUCAUCUUAAUUCUGCCCAGGUUGUAAUUUCUUACAUUUUAUGAGCAUUUGAUACUAGUGUACUCUAUUUACUUCACCGUGCAGUAUUUGUGAAUGUGUCAACAUGUUGAAACAAGUGAUCUCUCUCACUGUUUUUUUUCUCGGCAGCUUGUGUGUCAGCUUGUUUAUAUUUCCAAACUAUUCGUAGCUAUUCUUUCAGAUUGUUUUGUUUCUGCAGUGAGUUUUAACCACUGGUUAAUAAACAUGGUGUACUUUUUCGGAAGUUUCGGCACAAAAUAUAAUGUAGUUGUUUUGCAGUGUAGUGUUCAGUGCAGCUAAAGUCAAGGAGACUGCUCUAUGAAUUGGAAGUAAAGUUGAGGUUGGCAGAGGGCUCAUCUAGGUAAGGUGACUGUCUCAGCAGCAUCUCAUUUCUGGAAACAGUGCACUAGUCUAGUCUGGGAUUUGUGCCUGGGUUCCCUCCCAACCCACUUCUCCUCCGUUCCCAACCCGAAGGGCGCUCGGCACGGCCAGCGGACGUUCUCCCGGAUGGAAAGCUCGCAUUAAUCCCAGUGUUAACGGUAGCGCGUGAAGACUACUAGCAUAGCCAGCACACUUCUGUUUUCGUAGCAAGUAACUUCCUGUAAUACUAAGUUGCUAAAAAGAUGGUUGUGUUAGGAUUAUAAAUGUAUAAGUGAGUAGUUAUAUUUUUGUAAAGAAAUAUGAAAAAAAGAUGCACACUUUAAUUUGCUUACAAGGACUAUUUUGGAACGUGAAGUUAUGUUUGCUCUGUAGGAUAUUCUUACUAAUGUUUCCAUGUAUGGUUGUGUGUGUGUGUGCAAUGAUCGGUUUGAUGUAUUCUAACACAUUGUAUAUUCAAUCACUUCCUGUCUAGUCCUUGUAGACACGUUAUUGUUACUGAUGUUUUAGGCUCGACAUGGUCUCCCCUUAUCGGAAUUGCACCCACGCAAAUUUGACAGGCCUAAUUAGGUGCAGUGAGGGGGAAAUAAUGCAUUUAAAACUGGGCAUUGCAGGUUUUAAUCGAGUGUAAUGCCACAUUGACAUUUUUUUUGUGUGUACAGAUAUUUUAUGUAUGUAUUCUUAGGUAGUUAAAUAUAAAGUAUUCAUAAUA